AUGGCUGGGGUGCUGGUGCUGCCGCGCGCCGAGUGGGACCGGAUCCGGGACAGCGUGGGCCGCGCCGACAGGGAGGCCGCGCGGGCCCAGGCCGAGAGGAGAGAGCGCAGGGCCCUGCACGAGCGGUCCCGGGCCCUCACCAAGCACUGGCCCAACACCGUGGGGGGCCUGGCACAGAAGAACCUUGAAGCCAGAAAGUUGCGUGAAGAAAGGGAAGAGGAAGAAAAAAAACAGCUUGAUUUGGAAGAAGCACAGUUCCAAGCAGCAAUGAGAAAAGAGGCCAUUGAAGCAGCAAAAAUAUAUCAGUAUUAUCAGACUGACAGAGUGAAAGGGUUACAUCAAGCACUUUUACUUACCGAGGUUCUAAGGGAAAGGGAGGCUCAGAUUGAAUUUAAAAAGAAAAAAACAGACGUUAACAAAAAGAGAGAAGAAGAAAUGGAACAUGAGCGCGAGAAAGCAAUCCUUGAAGAACAAGAAAAGGCACACGAACGCCAUAUGAAACGACAGGCACUUUGCAGAGACCAGCUGGAACAAAUAAAGGAACAUAAGCACCAGGCAGAAUUAGCUGAGCUUGAGGCAAAAAGAGAAGCUGAAGGCAUUCAAAGACUGACCAGGUUAUACGAGUUGGAUGUUCUGAGAGAAAAGGAAAAGAAGGAGAAAGAAAAACUUGAACACAAGAGGGCUCAUCUUGAGUACAUUGCUGACCAGCAUGUUCUUAAAGCUGUAAAGGAGCAAAAAGAGGAGGAGGAAAAUGAUAAAAUUAGAGCUCAUUUUAAAGCAAAACAAACUUUGGCCAAGUUGAGACGAGAAAAAGAAGCUGAAAUGAACAGGCUAAUGCAGGAACGUCAGGAUAAUAUUAUUAACCGUCUGGCUGCACAGAUGAAACAGACAUUUCAGGAGGAAGAUGAACGUGUUGCUAGAGCUGUUGCAGAGAAAGAAGCUGCGUGGGAAGAACAACUCAAAGAAAAAGAGGAAAAACAUAUAGCCGAAUUGAAAUCAAUUGCAGAGUACAGAGCUGCUGUCAUGAAAAUGAAAAAAGAAAAAGAGCAAGAGGAAAGAUCAGAAGCCAAGAAAAAGCUUCAGGAAUUAACAGAAGCAGAUCGCAUCUAUCUAGAAAUGGAAAAAGAAAAGAAACAAAGACAACACAAUGAAAACAUAAAAACAAAAGAAUUUCAAAUACAGCAAAUGGCUGAAAGACGGGCAACAAGAGAGCAGGAAAAGCAAAAAGAACUGGAUUAUGAAGCUCAGAGAGAAAUUAUUGCAAUUUACAAGGAGCAGGAAUUUCAAGAAUAUGCAAAGCAAGUCAUUGAAUCAGAAUCCAAAAUAGCACGAAAUCUUUAUCCUCUUCUCAAAGCAGCCAAGGAAAGAACUGCCGGGGGCCAUGGACCAAUUUACAGAGAAAGAGGAAAAAUAAGACCUAGUUAUCAAACAAAAGAUGUCAGUGGAAUUCAGCUACCUUCUUGUAGCUCUAACACUGCUCAAGAAAUUAAAGCAGUACCUGACAAUGAUCCUGUACAAACAACUAAAUCAAGACCAGGUUUUACAGAGAAAAAUACCCUUUUGAAUUGAAAAACUUCAAUAAAUCUUUAAGAGAUUUACACUGUAAAAAUGAUAUUAAAGAACUACAGGCUUGCAGGUAAUCUGUGGGAAUGGACAUAUGAACAAAGUACAGGAAAUUGAAAGGUACAGGAACUUACUGUACAUCUGUAAUAAACUUUUUGUGUGCAUACAUUUACUCUACAAUAAGUGAAAGUUAACCACAGUAGGGCUAAACUGCUGCAGCUUAACUUUCACUUGUUAUGGAUAAGAAUGUACAGCAGUGCAGAGUAGGUGAUGUGAAAUAAAUCUAUGCACCCUUUUUAUCUAACUUGUUUGUUUGCCCAUACUCCAUGGAAAAGUAAUUACUGAACUAAGUAUAAGGUCAGAAACAAAACAAUUUGUAUUUUACAAAAUGUAAUUUUAAACCAGAUAUACAAACAUAAUGAUGAAUAACUACUGUGAAACUUUAUUCAUAUAUAAAAUACUUAUUUUUAAAAAAAUAGAAUAUUUGAGUCUCAAUUUUUAGUUUCAAAACCAGUCUUUUAUACCUCCUCUGUAAUUUGUUUUUAACUGCUGCAUUUGACUUGCAUUCUUAAUCAGCAGCUCUUAAAAACUUACCAUCAAAAGAUGCCAAAUACAUGUGAAACAAAUACAAAAUGAAAUAACAAAAUGUAAGAGAAUUUAAUAUUUCUAAAAAUGGAUUGAAACAAAUUUCAUAUUCCACAUAUUCUUUCAGAUUCUCCAUUUUAGUAAAUUUUAAGUCAGCCAAAAUGUUAGUUCAUUAUCAGAAUAGAAUUUUCCUUACUAUUAUCUUAGAUUCAUAGAUUUUAUUCUUGCACUACAUUAAGAAAAAACUUUAUUACAUUCAGGAAAGUCUGUUAUACCUUAGCAAUUACUAUCUGAAGACAGUGACAUUUUCCAGACCAAGCCUAACGAUGGAAUCGUAAAGAGUGUUACUUACUGUUGAGUUUGAUAACAAGAUAAUAGACCAAGUCAACAAGUUCUUUCCUGAUCCAGAAAAGGCAGAAUAAUUUCUGUACAAUCACAGACGGUAAGAAAUUCAGCAGUUAUUAACAUUUAUCACAUUGCCUGAUAGAUACUAGAUACUGUUACUUCUGGCUAAGACUGACAUUCACAUCUGCUUGAUUUAAGUCUAUGUACCUUUGCAUAAGAAGGAAUAACCAGGAGGCCAAUGGCAUAAGGAUUUUAGAGUGGUUGGUCAAUCAUUGGUCAAACAGUCAAACAUUCAAUUAUUUGCUGUCUAAAGUAAAAUAAAAAAUGUUCUGCUAAGAGGAGUCACGGAAGCCCAUGAUCAAUUCUUCUAGACAGGAGUUAGUUUAAUUUCCAGGGCUUACUAUUCAAUAGAUUUUUUUAAAAAAAAAGUCUUGGCCUUUCUAACAGAGCCGACGAGUGGUGGCGGGGAUAGGUGACAAGGGGCAGGAGUCCGGACACUGGAAUACUCUGCUGCCUUCCCCCAUUAAACAGCCCUCCAAAAAUUGAAUUUUAGACAU